UUAGGUAAAUCAAGCCAAAAUUUUAUCUGCGCAAGAUUACACAAUUUUAUUAACACAACGACAGUGACAAAAAAUGGAUUUUUUCCUAAACCGCAGAGUCAGACAUGAACUCUGUACCCUAUUUAUCUGGCCCCAAGACACAUAAAAUACUUUGUUGGGUAUUACUUGGAUAUUUUUGUAGUCCAAUUUAAAAAUAGGAAAGUUCAGUUAAAGUGAUGCAUGUUCGCAACUAAGCGCGAAUUGUGUGGCAAAUUAAUUAGUUUAUGGAGAAACAAUGUCAUUAGUGAGCAAUUCUACAAUUUUCUAGAUCAACCAAACUCCAGUAUAUUAUCACCAUGUGUUUGUCGUUAAUUUAACAUCAAAUUAUCACACAAUGGAUUUCGCAAUUGGGGGCCUCGCCGCCGCGGGGGCUAGCAUCUUCAGCAACCCCUUCGACAUGCUAAAAACCCGCAUGCAACUUCAGGGGGAAUUGCGUGCCAGAGGCCAGCACACCGUCCACUACAAGAAUGUUUUACACGCAGCGUACGUUGUUGCAAAAACGGAGGGCAUAAGGGGGCUGCAGAGGGGCCUAGGCACCGCCAUGAUCAUGCACACGGUGCGCAACAGCGUAAGACUGGGCUCCUACCAGUGGUUGAGCGAUCGCGGUUUUAUUUGUGACUCAGAAGGCAAAACUAUUUUUCUUCGGAGUUUGAUUGCUAGUGCUAUGACUGGGGCUGCUGGGGCGUUCUGUGGAAGCCCCCUUUUUCUGAUUAAGACGCAGUUGCAGUCGCAAGCGGCUAAUACCAUAGCUGUAGGGCACCAGCAUGGACAUGCGGGGCUUCUGCAUGCCGUUAAAACCAUUUAUUUGAAACAUGGGGUUCAAGGGUUGUGGCGGGGGGCUGAUGCUGUUAUGUUGAGGGCUGUGGCAGGGUCUUCGGCUCAGUUGAGUAGUUUUAAUAAGACGAAGGAUUUUUUGAGGGAGUUUGAAGUGUUUAAACAUUCCACGUUUUUAACUGCAUUUGCUGCCAGUAUUGUGGGGGGAGUGUUUCAGACUGUUGUGAUUGCACCGUUUGAUAUUGUUACGACGCGUCUAUACAAUCAAGCUACGGACGCACAGGGCCGUGGACUCUUGUACAAAGGAAUAACAGACUGCUUUAUCAAAAUUUACAAGUGCGAAGGAAUCCCAGGACUCUAUAAAGGAAUCGGUGCAAACUACAUGAGAUUAGCUCCACACGGUGCUUUAUGCCUGAUUUUCUGGGACGUUUUAAAAGACUUACAAAAAAAAUAUCAACGGAGUGAGAUAGGUACAAAACAAGUAUUGUAAAAUAAUGUAUUUAUUAUUGUAUAACAGGAUAUAAUAAAAUAUAUACUUGGCAAAGUCAGAACUGGGCUGACGAUGCUUUGUUAUAAAAAAUUGUAAUGGAAUGUAAUGUGUUAUAAAAGCCAACGAAGAAACCAUUGGCAAGUGAAAUAAAAACAAAACAAAUAUAAUAUAAAAACAAUGGCUAUAAAUUACAAAAUAUGAUAUAAAAAUUAAGUACAAUAUUUGAUACAGUCGUAAAAAAUGUUAAUAUAUUAAGUGUAAAUCUAUGAUUUGUUUACAGAAAUGUGCUCCAAUCUACGGAGGACUAAAAAUUUCGUACAUUUUUUGGUGGAUAUUUAUGUGUUAAUAACUUAAAAAUAA